AUGGAGGAGAUUCACGAAGGAAUCUGCGGUCCUCACAUGAGCGGUGUCAUGCUAGCUAGGAAGAUCCUAAGGCAGGGCUACUACUGGUCUACAAUGGAGUCUCAAUGCAUCGAUUACAUGCGACGGUGUCACAAGUGUCAAAUCCAUGCAAACUUGCAGCAUCUUCCUCCGUCUAAUUUGUAUGGCAUGACUUCGCCUGGGCCCUUUUUUGUUUGGGGGAUCGAUGUUAUUGGCAUGGGUUUGGAGCUCUUCAAAGAAUUCAAAAUUCAGAUCCAUCAUUCAACAACGUAUCGUCCACAAACAAAUGGAGCAAUCGAGAACGAAAACAAGAACGUCGAGGUGAUUAUCAAGAAGACUGCUAAGUCUGCAAGGGACUAG